AAAUACUCCCCCCCUCCCCCCAACCCCCACAUCUCGCAAUCUGUGCGGCGGAGGUGCUUCUCGUCCGGCAGCGGCGUCUGUUGCCGGUAUUAGGAAGCCAACGUUGAGACGUCUUCCUUCGGUCCCAAUCUCACACACCAUGACAGGAAAGAGAUCGACCUCGACCUCGACCUCGACCUCGACCUCGAGUAAGCGAGGAUGCAGUGCUACUCGUACGGCGACGGCGGGGUCAAUCGCCGGUGUAGAUCACAAUACGUACCAUUGUCUAAUAGUCUUAGUUCUGUUUGAGACGCCCUCUGGCUUCGCAAUGUUCGGUAUGAGUGGGGACAGACUCAUUCAACCAAAUGCCCUGCAGGAAAUCUGGGCAAACUUUGGCGUGGACUAUAGGGUAUCCAAAUUCAUUUGGCUGAAGGAAUUUCGAGAAAUCAAGGACAAGUCCAGUGCCAUUAAUCAUGAUACUGGUGUCAGUUGCGACCUUGCUGAGAUGAUCAUGAAGUGGCAUCACCCUGGGCAGAAAAUGGCCGUUGGAAAACCCGAAUAUAAAGAAAUCAUUGAAAGAAGCUUGAGUGUGCCCUGCAUGUUUGAUGAAAUUGUGAUGGAAGUGAUGUGGGGCCUGAAGAAUCUGAUGCAUGUUUUAGUACCCCAAGAAAAAAUGAAGUUGAGCAAGGACGACUACCUCCCAAUGAGCCAAGGAUUGUACAUGCUCCUUAACCGCUAUGGUUUGGAUGUCAAACCAGAGAUGGUUACUGACUCUAUUAUUAAGCUGGCAUGCUUCUUGCUUGAUUGCGAAUACUGUGAUGUGAAAAACUCCAAGCACUUGCGCUGGACUGGUGAAUACAUUGAGAAACGGUCUGGCAUUAAAUGUUUAGACUGGGAUUUGAUGAAACUUGCUACGGGUAUUAAGAUCAUAUGUUACCCCACAGAAAGAUCUACAGCUGAGGAAGCGAUGUUUACACAAGAUGAGCUGUCGAAGUUAGUGAAGGAUGCACAUAAGUAUGAAGGGAAGAUCCGUAAGAGAUCUUUCAUGAAUGCCUACAGCGAGAUGGUUGAAGCCCGUCAACUUAUUCCUAUGGCACAAAAACAACUGGAGGACUUGGUAAAGGAGGCCAAAGAUGCAUGUGAAGCUGAACAAAGCACAUGAACGCAAUAAGCCAGUCAGUAGCAUGAGAGAAGAACACAGUCGCAUGAGAGAAGAACUCAGUCGCCAAGAAUAUCACAUUUCCUUAAGGGAGAACUGGUUUUGAAAUCCUAUCCUGGACACUGGAUGGUGAGGCUGCCUGAAGCUGCCAUCCUGGACCAAAGCGUUGCAUUCGUGUGUUUUUCUCUGUUUAAUUAUCGACAAUGGGAACUCACUAGUAAUUCGACCAGCGUUAUCUACUCUUGAUUGCUUUUGAUGUUUCUUUUCCUAUCAAAUAGUUAAACUUCAGGUUCUCGAAA